AGUCGCAAAAAUUUUAUUAUUCAGUUAUCACUCUCUGACUCUUUCUUCUUCUUCAUCAUCUUCUUCUUUCUUGCGUUCAACAAUGGGGAAAGGUGGAUCUGUUAGCGAUGGUGUUAUGAAAAAGAUCGUCUUAUCCUACACCUACGUAGCGAUAUGGAUCUUCUUAUCCUUCACCGUCAUCGUCUACAACAAAUACAUCCUAGACAAAAAGAUGUACAAUUGGCCCUUCCCAAUCUCCCUAACCAUGAUCCACAUGUCUUUCUGUGCAACCCUAGCUAUUCUCCUCGUUCGCGUCUUCAAAUUCGUCGAACCCGUUUCAAUGUCACGCGAAGUUUAUCUCUCUUCGGUCGUUCCAAUCGGAGCGCUGUAUUCUCUUUCGUUAUGGCUUUCGAAUUCUGCCUAUAUUUAUCUCUCUGUUUCGUUUAUCCAGAUGCUGAAAGCGCUUAUGCCGGUCGCGGUUUACUCCAUCGGCGUUGCUUUGAAGAAGGAGAAUUAUAAGAAUGAUACAAUGUUUAACAUGCUUUCGAUUUCGUUAGGUGUUGGUGUGGCGGCGUAUGGCGAGGCCAGGUUUGAUACUUGGGGUGUUAUUCUUCAGCUUGGCGCGGUUGCGUUCGAGGCGACGAGAUUGGUUAUGAUUCAAAUCUUGUUGAAUUCGAAAGGGAUUUCGUUGAAUCCUAUAACUAGUUUGUACUAUGUUGCUCCUUGUUGUUUGGUUUUCUUGUCUAUUCCUUGGAUUCUCGUUGAGUUUCCUGUUUUGAGAGAGAAUUCAAGUUUUCAAUUCGAUUUUAUGAUUUUCGGGACUAAUUCUCUUUGUGCGUUUGCUUUGAAUCUCGCUGUUUUUCUUCUUGUUGGGAAAACUUCUGCUUUGACGAUGAAUGUUGCCGGCGUGGUGAAAGAUUGGCUUUUGAUUGCUUUUUCAUGGAGUGUGAUUAAGGAUACUGUUACACCGAUUAAUUUGUUUGGGUAUGGGCUUGCUUUUCUGGGUGUGGCUUAUUAUAAUCAUUCAAAGUUGCAGGCACUUAAGGCUAAGGAGACACAGAAGAAAACUCCGCAAGCUGAUGAAGAAGCUGGAAGGUUGCUUGAGGAAAGGGAAGGUGAUGGAUCAGGGAGGAGAAAUGAUCAGCAGAAUUGAUUUUGGUUUAGCUUAUUUGAAGAAUCAGAAAAUAAAUAACCACGAGGAAAGGAUCGGUUGGUGUUAGAUUUGAUGGUAACAAACAAGGCACUUGCAUUGCAUCGUCUCAGCAAAUGGGCAAGAGUCAGUAAUUUUUUUUGUUUCUUUCAGUAAUAUUAUCAGGGAUUUGAGUUUUCCAUAAUGUGUUACUAGAGUGAAGUGUCUCAAAUCCUUUAUUUAUCAUUUUUGUUUUUUAACACUUGUUCUGCAUUUCCAUGCUACGUUGUUGUAGGGGUAUCUCAUAUUUUGAGUUUAAAUACUUAUUUAUUCAGAGUA